AUGAACUGUUACCUAGAAGGUGAGGUAUCACUGCGAUCGUUGUCUAAUAACGACAUCAGUCAGUGCUCAGCCAGCCACGUGGAAACAAACUUUACUUCCGCUGCUGGACUUUCAGAUCCGAGAUCCGUAAGUGACGAUCUAAAUGAGGAAAUGGCACAGUAUGAGGAUCAAAAUUUUCAAGAUGGAAACUUUUCAAGUCCAUCAGAUGGUUUGACUGAAGAUACCAUAAAUUCAUAUGAUCCCUUCACAAAUGAACAUUGCUACAGCGUUGGUCGAGAAUCAUCCAAUCAGCAGUUUAUUCCAUUUCAACAUUUGAGUAAUUUAUUACCUUUAAAUGAAUCGACGAAUGAUGCUGAAACAGCUCUCAACGAAAGUUUGAUUAGCAAGGGUCUAGAGACAUUUUUUAGUCAUGAUAACGAAGGCAAUUUAAUUAGUUCAGAAAUGAAUGAUUCCAAUGAUAUUUUAGAUAAAAGUUAUUUAUCAGAAACGUAUGUUUAUGGACCACCAUUGACUGACACCGACUCGAUAUCUGAGCAGAAAAGAUCAAAUUUGAAGUUGAAUCAUAUAGAAAAGUCCGUCAAGAGUAAUGAUAUUCGUAGAAAAAGUCCGUUUACAUCUUCAGAAAAACUUUUUCCAGGUGGAAUCAAGAAUGCAAUCCAGCAAUCCAUUAGAGAUCUAAUUUUGAGGCAAAAUGCAAAACAAAUAGAUAAUUCGAGAAAAGCAAUUAAUUUGCCAGAAAUUCCAAUCAGUGAAACAGAAGCACACCAGGUGAAAAAAACGCCACAAAAUACUUCUAGUUCCGUUGCUUAUGAAGAUUCUUACUGGGAUAAUGUUGGUCCAUCCACUUAUACCGGUUUAGGAAACAGUGCCCGAGAAGAUGAGAAAUAUACAAAAAUGAGUGGAAUUUCGGGAGAAAUUUAUUCUAUUAAUAACAAAUUUGCCAGCAACAUAAUUAAUUUACCACAAACUCCAGUUGAUGAAACAGAAGCCUACCAAGUGAAAAAAAUGCCAAAAAUUAGUUCCAGCUCCACUAUUAAUAAAGAUUUUUGUUGGGUUAAUUUUGAUCCAUCAGUUUGUUCCGGUUCGGGACAUAGUGUUCCAGAAACAGAAAAAUGUGAUAUAAUAACGACUGAUAUUUUGAAAGAAAUCGGCACUUCUAACAGCAAGACUUUUGAUAUGGAAAGUGCAUAUACUGGUGAAGACUGCAGAUCUUUUGAGCAACAGACAUUUGAAACUUCAGAAAAUUGUAAUCUUGCUGUCCAUCCUUUGAAUACUGAAACUAAAAGUUUGCAUAAAGAGCUUGGGCGUAAUAUUUAUGUUUAUUCUGAAAAUAUUUUGUAUCAGAAUAUGAUAGAAGAGAAUGACAUAUCAGAUGAAGAAAAUUAUUUGAUAAAUGCAUUCAGUACUGUUGAUGAAAAUGAUUCCAAUUUAAUUAUACGGCCUGAAACUGCAUCUAGCGGAAUAAAUCCAGGCAAAUUUCAAGAAGUUGAUGCUUAUGAAAUUAGACAACAGAAUGAUGGCAAUUCUAUAACAAACUGUAAUAUCGAUAUUCGUAAUUUAAAUACAGAAGAUAGUGUCGAACACAAAAAGUAUCAAGAACUGAAAAUCAUAACCAAUAACUUUUUUGAAUCUUUUGAGAGACCCUCAUUGGAUAAAGACCAAAAGAGGGAAACACCUGCCGAAGCUGAAACUGAAACCAAAGCUAGAAAUAUUCCUUCAUUAAUAAGGAAUUUCAGUUCAAUAGAUAAAGGCAUUGGAAAUCACAAUAACAAUCUUCCGAGAAAUAAUGAAAUGGAAGCAAAAAACAGAUAUGAACAUAAAAUUUCAAAUAGGAAUGAAGAUUUAACUGCAGAAAUUUCAGUACAAGAAAUCAGUACACCAAUACAGAGCACGAUGAAUUCUACUUUCAUUAAUGAAAGUGAUAGUAAAAAAGAUGAAAAUAGAGAUAUUUUGAAAACUGAAGUAGAUAAAAACAAUACAUACGAUUUGGAUAACAGUAAUAAAGAACAUCAAAAUAUUUACUCAAGCUCAAAAUAUAAAGGGUCUAUGAAUAACAACUACAACGACAAUCCACAAAAUAAUAAUGAAUUAACAGCAAACUGCAAAUUUGAACAUCAAAUUUUAAAUAUAACCGAAAAUUCAACUGCUGAAAUCCCACCCUCAUCAGAACAGAGUAAGGUGAACUCUGAUCUUAUUAAUGAAAGCGAUAGUGGAAAUACAACAGUCUUUUCAAAAACUGGUGCAAAUAACAACAAAACAUACGAUUCUGAUAAUAGUGGUCUAGUACAUCAGAGCAAGUCUUCUUUACUGAAUGAAUUUAACUACCAUUAUGAGAACGUUGAUGUCAAAGAAAUGGAAAGCCAUGGUAAUGAAUGGAAGUUUUCAUUACCUCAACUGCAUUUAUUUGGAACAAUAGAUGAUCGCUCAAAUACACUCAACAAAGCUUGCUUAGAAAAGGAAGUGUAUCAGAAAAAUAAUACCAUCUCCUACAAUAACGAUACUCCACUUGUAGAGAUAGUUGAUAAUUCUGAUUUUCAUCAUAUUUUUAAUACCGAAAGCCAAAAUGUUAGUUCAGCAUCAGCUUCAAAUCUAAAUUCAAUACAACCAGGAUUUAUGAAUAUUAUAACUGAAGAUAGGCAGAAGACAGAUCUUUCCGAAAAUAUGGAUAAAAAUUUUCCUAUUCAAGGAUUAAUUAGAUCAAAUAAAAAUUAUUUUGCUGAAAACAAUCGAUUCGAUGAAACUCAUCAACAUUUAGAAACUGCAUCACAGGAGAAGAAGAAUUCUAAAAAUACAUCCGAUAACUAUGAAGAUAUAAUAAAGAAAUCACGGCAAUUAUCUGUUAGAUUGGAAGAUAUAAAAUACAAAUUGAUCCCUUUAUCAUCUGUGGGGAAUAUUAGCCAAGAUAUCAGUUUGCGAAACUUACAGACGUCCAGACUCAACGUUAAUGCAACAUGUGCCAGAACAGAUAACAGUGCAGAAAAUAAUAUCAGUGUUGAAAAACAGAUUAUUAAAAGGAUCUCACCAGAAAGCCAAUCUGUAUAUUUCCUGAGGAAUUCGAAAAAGCUCAAAAGUUGCAAAAUACAGCCUAAAUCGAUCCGCACAACUUGCCACGCAGUUAAAAUUCCUGCACCUAAAGUAGAGAUUAAAAAUCAAGGCAUCAAUGUACGAAGCUCACAUCCAUUUUUAAAUUCCUCUAACUUUAAUUUCAAUACAACUUGUGCCGUAACAACAGAUAAUAGUAAUAAAAAUAAUGCCGAUACUGAAAAACAAGCUACUAAUAGAACCUCAACAGAAGAUCAAUCUUUACAUUCCCUAAAAAAUUCCAAAAGGUUAAAAAGUUGCAAAAUACAACCAAAAUCCUUCAACACAACCUGCCAACCAGUUACGGAAGGGCAUACUGUUUCAACAGAAAAUUCACAGAAAGCAUUAAUCAGUUCCGAUGUCAGAAAUACAAACGAGGAAAGUAUUUCAUCUCCCAUCUUUCAAAUGGCAGAGAUACUGCGAAAAUUCGAUAACAAACGCAAAGAAACAUCCACCUCUAAUAACGAUGACUUUGUGUUUGGGCCUAGAAAAUUUAUCGAAAGAAAAAAUGAUGGAAAUUCUUCUCUUUUGUUUGGUAAUAGUUGCGAAAGUACAUCGACAGGAACAAUCUUUGACUGUACUGUAGCAGCAGUCAAACAAUUAAACAAUGGAAACGGCUCGACAGUACUCGACAUCCUCUCAUAUGUUCGAACACAUUUACCUUCAAGCGAUAAAAAAAUGUUCCUCGAUAUCAGAAAAUCUCUUAAAGACGCCACUGCAGCAGGAUUUCUAACAUAUACCAAUGGGAAAUACAAAGAAGGACCUAACUUGAUCAAGGCGAACAUUUCGACAAAUACAAAUAAAAGAAAAACAAAUCGCCCAAAUGAUAAUAGCAAGAUGCUAUCAAAGAGAGUGAAACCAACUCCCACACAGUUACGCAGUUCACGUCCCAAAACUACACGUUUAGCAAAUAAAAAAUCAGGCAGAAACCAAAAGGAUGAUUCCAAUGAAAAAUAA